AUGUUUCUUUUGACAGUGGUUGUGGGCAUUUUAAUCAUUUCACGGUCACAUCCGAGACAUGUGGAGAAUAAACCUGUGGAAUUAACAGGAAAUUUGUUCACUAUCUGGAGCUUUGAUGGGAAAAUGGUCUAUGAAAACAUCAUUGAUGCAACAGAAAAUUUUGACCCCAAGUAUUGCAUCGGAGUGGGAGGAUGUGGAAGUGUUUUUAGAGCAGAGUUGCCAAAUGGUCAAGUUGUUGCUGUCAAGAAACUUCAUGCAACAGAUGGUGGUACCUUGAGGAGGUUGAAAGAUUUCACCAAUGAGAUCCGUGCACUAACAAAUGCACGGCAUCGAAACAUCGUGAGGCUGUACGGAUUCUGUACACAUAUAGAACAUACUUUCUUGGUGUAUGAAUUCCGCUUGAUGCAGUUAUUGAGCAAUGAUGAAACAGCAUCCAUGUUCGAUUGGAUCAAGAGGGUAAACAUGGUCAAAGAUGUGGCAAAAGCAUUGUCCUACAUUCAUCGAGAUUGUUUGCCUUCUAUAGUUCAUCCAGAUAUAUCUAGCAAAAACAUUCUGUUAGAUUCCGAGUAUCAAGCUCACAUCUCUGACUUUGGUACUGAAAGACUCAUCAGGCCUAAUUCAUCUAGUUGGAUGUCAUUUGCAGGAACUUAUGGAUAUGCUGCUCCAGAACUUGCUUAUACCUUGGAAGUAAAUGAAAAAUGUGAUGUUUAUAGUUUUGGAGUAUUGGCUUUAGAAGUGAUCAUGGGCAAGUAUCCAGGUGAUUUCAUAUCAUCAAAAAUGUCGGCGCCAUUAUCAACAACAUAUAAUGUGUUACUGAAAGAUCAUGUAGACCCUCGACUUUCUUCUCCAAGUAAGCAAGAGUCAAAACAAUUGGUGUUGGUGGCAAAGCUGGCAUUGUCAUGUAUAGAACCAAAUCCCCAGUUGAGGCCAACGAUGAAACAAGUGUCUAUCCAACUAUUGAAAGAAAUACCAUUUCAAUUCGACAUAUUCCCAAUGGUCACAAUCAGACAACUUCUUGAUCUGGAAAUCACGAAUUUUAGAGCUUCUGCAUGCGUAGAUAUUGAGGAAGAAGAUAAGGCCCUUUUACUUCUUAUCCCAGUCUCUGAUUCUUAUGAAAGUGUCAUGACGACCCUGUUGUAUGGGAAGGACACUUUAGAAUUAGAGAAUGUGCAGUCUUCUUUGUUGGAUCAUGAAAAACAAAGGAAGAAAAAUGAUGAGAAUGAUUAUGAUGGUGUUGCUGGAUAUGUAUCGGGUGGAGAUAUUCUCGCAAUCUCUAAAGGCAAUAAUACUUCUUCUCGUGAUGGUUGGAUUUUAAAUUCUGGAUGUGUUUCACAUAUUUGCUCCAAAUUAGUCUAUUUUGAUACUCUCCAAAGAAAGAAGGCAGGUUUUAUAUCCUUGGGUGAUGGAUCUACUUGUCAAGUCAAAGGUGUUGGAGUGGUGAAAAUCAAAAUGUUGAAUGGAACGAUUCGUUCUUUGGGUGAUGUGGCUUAUGUCCCAAAGUUACGCAAGAAUCUAAUUUCUUUAAACCAGUUAAACUCCAAGGAUUACCAUUUUUCCGCUAUAAGUGGAGUCUUGAAAAUUAUACAUGGCGAGACGGUCUUGUUGAUAGGGAAGAAGUAUGGUAAUUUGUACCAUUUGAAUACCUCAAUGGAUUGGAAGCGGAAGGAGAUCCAUGAAUGCUCUCAAAUUACAAAUGAUGGUGAGAGAAAAAAUCCUGCUAUGGGAAAGGGUGAAUUGAGACCUCUCUCAUGA